AUGGCUCUGCCGACGAUCAAGAGCAAGGCAUUCCCUUACCGGAGGGGCUCCAAUGCCUCUGAAAAUGACUUCUUCGACAUUCCCGACGAGCCCGUCGUGGCCAUGGUCAAGCGCCAGUUUCGGCGUGUCCGCACCUGGGUGAUCCUCGCACUGUUCAUCAUGUUUAUGAUGUGGCGUCGUCGUGCAAAGCCGCCGCCGUCUCUACUCCCACAUAUUCAUUACGAUGAGGUCGACUGGUCACGAUAUGCCUAUACUACGUACGCCACCUCCGAGACAUACUUGUGCAAUGCUGUGAUGGUCUUCGAGGCACUGCAGCGAUUUGGAUCUCAGGCGGAACGCGUGCUGUUCUACCCGCAGGAUUGGGAUCUGGUAGUGGAAAAUGAAUUCGAUCGCAUUAGCCAGCUACUCCUCAUGGCAAAGGACGAUUACAAUGUGCUGCUGCACCCCGUGUUUAUCGAGGGGAUUAAGACUGGGGGAGAAGAAGCCUCACAGGCCUCUUGGGACACGAGCACCGCCAAGUUGUCUGCCUUUGGUGCCGUUGAGUAUGAACGCGUCAUCCACCUCGACUCGGAUAUCACCCUCCUGCAGCACAUGGACGAGCUGUUCUUCCUUCCUCCCACCAUGAUCGCUAUGCCCCGCGCAUACUGGUUAUUGCCACACACAAAGACUCUCUCGUCACUAUUGGCCGUCAUCCAACCGUCCUACCGCGAAUACACUGCUCUGACCGAUUACCUCAAACCGGUCCAGGCUGGCCAAAUCGAAGUAAACUUGACCGAUACUCGGUAUGACAUGGAAUUAUUGAAUGACCGGUAUGGUGACAACGCAAUGGUGCUUCCCCACCGCCCGUAUGGUCUCAUUUCUGGGGAAUUUCGCACCAAGAAUCAUAGGACAUACCUCGGCAAUGACCACGAGGCCUGGAAUCCCGAUCUGGCUCUGGCCGAGGCGAAAUUUGUGCACUUUUCCGACUGGCCGCUGCCCAAACCAUGGGUCAUGUGGCCACAGGAGAUCCUGGCAAAGGUACAGCCCGCCUGUGACAAAGAUCCAGGGACGCCAAAUGAGAGCGGGUGUCGUGACCGAGAGUUGUGGAGGAAGCUCUACGAUGAUUUUCGGCGGCAAAGAAAGGAGAUUUGCAAGCUGUUGAGUUAUCCGGCCCCCGUUUAA